GCAGCUACUGCUGGCAGAACCGAAGAGUCCGCUGGAGCGCAUCUCUCUCGCGUCGGGUUCAUACGCUUUGAGGGUAGAGCAAGAUGACAGGUCCUCCAUCUUUCUUGUUCAGUCUGACCGCAUUGGCUGUGGUUGUAUCUUUGGUCUAUAGCGGUGCUUCCAUCACAAACAAUGAAGAUGACUGCCUUUUGACACGGAUAGAGAUCCCAGUGAUCCUGGACCAAAGCACAGCGAGGCUUCAAAGCCCAGAAUUCACUGCAGAAGACUUCAGUGAGCCAGGAGUGAUGUGUGGGAUUGAGUGCCAAAGAAAGCUGCCAGAAGCGAGGCCUGCGGAGCUGGAACGACUACUGUCUUAUGAAACCAUCUACGAGAACGGAACACGCACCUUCACCAAAAUACAACUAGAAGAGUUCGUCGAAUUAAGAAACUCAUCCGCUUCUGUUGUCUGCAAUGCAGGACACCUAAAACGCAGAAAACGGCAGGUAUACGGCAUGGAUGGACGCUUCGUGAUCACAGAUAAACACUUCAUCACUAACUACCCCUUUUCUGCUUCAGUCAGGCUCUCUACGGGUUGCUCAGGCAUUUUAGUUUCUCCAAAACACGUACUGACUUCUGCCCACUGUGUCCAUGAUGGCCAAGUCUAUCUGAAAGGGACCAAGAGGCUGCGAGUGGGUGUCAUGAAGCUUCGCUCCAAACGCAGAGGAGGACGCCAACGAGGAGGCAAGAGGAGAGGAGGAAAGAGAAGAGAAAGCGAAGUGGGAAAUGAAGAAGAUGUAGCCACUGAAGGAGAACUACUUCAUAGAGAACACAGGAGGAAAAGGAAGAACCGUAUUAGACGUGACACAGAUUCAGAUCAGUCCAGGCAACCGGUGUUCAGGUGGACACGCGUCAAACUAACACAAGUGCCAACAGGCUGGAUGAGGAGAGCAGGCGAGGAGAUCUCGGCUGACUAUGACUACGCCCUUCUGGAGCUGAAACGACCCCAUAAGAUGAAGUUCAUGGAGUUAGGCAUAGUUCCUGUAGUCAAGGACAUCCCAGCUGGAAGAAUCCACUUCUCUGGUUUUGAUGAUGACCAAUCAGGGAAAGUGGUCUACCGCUUCUGUUCGGUCUUAGAGGAGUCCAAGGACCUCAUGUACCAGUACUGUGAUGCGCAGAAGGGGUCAAGCGGAGCCGGGGUGUACGUAAGGCUACGAGAUCAGGGAGGAAAAGGGAAGUGGAAGAGGAAGGUAAUUGGCGUGUUCUCUGGACACCAGUGGGUGGAUGUUGACGGGAUACAGAAGGACUAUAACGUGGCAGUCAGAAUAACACCCGCCAAGUACGCCCAGAUAUGCCACUGGAUCCAUGGAGAUGCUAGUCGGUGUAAACUGGCCUAAAGAAGGUCAAUGAGUCCUCAAGACUGCUGGGACGGUCUAGACGCAAACUGCUCAUGUUUGUGUCCCAACUGAAAAUCCACAGCAUCUGUACAGAAAAUGCAGUUUUAACAAGAUGAAUUUGGAUGCUGUAUAUUUAUUGUUUUCAUUGCCAAAAUUUGAGACUCUAGCAUUUUGUAAUGUCAUGUUCAGGCCAUGUUUGUGUUAAAAAGCCAAAUGUCACCAGCUGAGGCCAAGUAGUUAACUACUGAAAAACAAAACAGCUUGACAUUCAGUAUUUUGUUUAAGUUCUUGAGGAGUUCACCCAAAUAUGAAAAAUAUCACCAGCUGCAUGAAGAGGAGCCCGUUUUCCAUACAAGAAAAGUACAUGGUGAUUCAUACUACCUCUGAAAAGAAGUGGGAGGAUUAUUUGCUUACAAUAAGAAUAAGGUGCACAAGCGAUAUGGACUAUUAUGAUUUUUGAAGCCUGGCAGUAUAAAUCACUAUGUAGUAGCUUAGACAUUCAAGGGGUGAUUGUUUGGUCUAACAGCAUUUGUAUUUAUUUAAUAUUGAAUGCAUUUGCCUAGUAAAGUCAACGGAGUUAAAAUAUAAAAUUACAAAAGUACUUACAUUUUUAGUGCAUAUAGGAGUUCGACUCUUUGUAUAAUACUAAGUUUUCGUUUUUUAUAUUUUCUUUCACAAAACACCAGAAACAAGAUUUCUACACCAUUCUGGUUUAUUGUCUUUGAAAUGACAGAAAAAGGAACAUUUGUUACAUUACACCUGACCAACAGCCAUGCUAAUA